AAAUACGUAAAAUUACUCCCCUGUUUGUGUAAAAUCAUAUCGUAUAUAUAACAUGCCGUUAGGUUUCAAAGGAUGGGAAUUAAAGACCAAGCAUUGUAAAAACAGUUUGAAAGUCAAGAUGCAACAACAGACAAAAACAGGGGAAAGAUUAUCUCGGCAUGAUCACAAUGUAUUCAUCUAAGUUGUUGCUACUUCCAAAUACAACUUGUCCCCGAUCUGUACAUCUUGUCCCCGACUUUUAGCUAGUUGUGAUCGAGUCUGCCUUCGGGGUAGUUCAAUAUUCAUCGACCCUGUUGCUUCGAUAUUGAAGAUGGAUAGCACUGAACUCUAUGAUGUGAUCGUAGAAGGUUGGGAGCGACAAGAGGCAGAUAAUGGGAUUCCAUAUUUUGUCUGCCAUCAGACUCAGACCACUUCAUGGGAUCAUCCAUACUUCACUAAAAUUUUGGAAGAACUUGAUGACUACCAUGAGAUUCGCUAUGCCGCCUACAGAACUGCUAUAAAGAUAAGACAUCUCCAGAAAAGACUUUCAUUACACCAGAUAACACUGAAGGUGAUCCGCAGUGUGUUGGACGACCUGGACUACCCCGAUGGCUGCCACCACCAGGUGACAUGUGGAGACUUGUCCACACUGCUGCUUGGCAUCUACCACACGGCAGAUCACAGGCAGGCUCCCAAACAGAGCCCCGAAGUCUUUGCUGAUCUGCUACUCAAUUUUCUGCUGAAUUUAUUUGAUGUAAGUCGCAACGGGAGUGUGUCAAUCCUGUCAGUCAAGUUUGCUCUGGCCACACUGUGUUCUGCUCGUCUUGUGGAAAAAUAUCGAUUUUUCUACAAUGAAUUGAAAGAUCAGAGCACAUUUGUUGGAGAGAAGAGCCUGGGCGAUUUCAUACAAGAUCUUAUUCAGAUCCCAGACCUCUUAAAGGAAAGUGUUGCCUUUGGGAAGAAUGUUCAAGCAGUUGUGGCCAGCUGUCUCCAGGGGACUUCGAACACUACUGGAGUAUCAGAAGACAUGUUCUAUAGCUGGCUGCUACGGGAACCACAGACCCUGGUAUGGCUGCCGACGCUUCACAGACUGGCAGCAGCUGAGACAGUGAAACAUGAGGCGAAGUGCAAUAUUUGUAAAUCUUUCCCCAUAAUAGGAUUCAGAUAUCGGUGUCUGAAGUGUUUUAACUUUGACAUCUGUCAGCUCUGUUUCUUCACUGGACAGACGAGGAAGAACCACAAGCUGAAACACCCACUGCAGGAGUACUGUCUCAUGACCAGCAGCAAGGAGGAUACAAAGGCAUUCAUGAAGACCAUCAGAAACAACCUGAGCAAGAAACAUCGUCGCAAGAGUAAGGUGAAAUACUUGCCCAUCGACUCUGCCAGGAUAAACCCCAUCAUGGAAUGGAGUGGCCGUCCAGGUCCGCAAGAGCCGACAAUGGCCAAGGUCACCAACACAGAAGCAGCUGGGAGUCAGUCAAAUGAACCACAGCCGUGUACGUCACGCCAGCCACUGGCAGAGUCCAACACCUUCCGUCCCAAGUCUGCCACCGUCCUGGUUCUCAACAACACUCCCAGAAAGACACCCACACAGUCUGUCCAUGACAAGGAGAACGUGAAGGAUAUGUCAAACUUCAUGAAACAACAGAGACAGGACUACGAAGGUGUCAUCCAUCGCCUAGAGGAGGAGAACAGGAAGCUAUACCGGAAGAUAGCAGAGCUGCGCCAACCGUCAGACACUGAGAGCAAUCUGUCCUAUGAGGCUGACCUCGAGAUAGAGAAUGAUGUCAUCCAUGCACAGAAAGAUGUCCUCGAGGACCACAACAAGAGGCUCAGUCGCCAUCUCAACCGGGUCCAGAAUGUCCUGAAGCAACCGCUCCACCGGUCUUCCAGUGAUAUAACCUAUCACCGCCCAGUGUCCAUGUCCUACCUGGGACACAGCUACUUCUCCCCCCUCUCCAUCGACACCACCCCACAGGCCUGCUCCAGCCGCAUCCCGUCCAAACACCCCACCCCUGCUGCAGGGGCGUACUUCACGGAGCCAAGGAGACGGAAAGGCAAACCCCUCACCCCUGCUGGGAAGGAGUGGCACAGCUCCACCACCCCUGGAACACCACAAUGGACUGGUUCAACCACACCUACCACCCCUGAUAAAGAUUGGAGAGAUCCUGUCACCCCAAAGACUCCUGAGUGGACCAGCCAUGGUAGUAUUGAAGAGAGCCAGUGUUACUUCACCCCAUCAAGUGUGUCCAAGUCACAGUUCUGCCCAGAGGAGGAGGCUGAGAUCCAGGAGCUGUUGAAGCGUAUUGAUGAUGCACUGCCAGCCAAUUUGUCUUUUUCAGCCUACUCAAUGGGGGACUCCAAGUCCUACAACUCCAAUGAGGAGAUGCUAGAAGCGGCUAACAACAUCGGCGCCGCGAUGUCCGACUUUGUCCACACCACUGUUGAUCAGUACUGUCCGCAGUAGUCCCAUGUAGGAAAUAACAGACACAAUGUAGUAUUAACACAUGAAAUAGGUAGCCACAAAUUUACUAUUUCCAGUAGAAAGAUUACUGACCUGAUGGAUGUAUGUUAUAUGAAGAGAAGCCCUUGCCAUGGGACCAUUGCUUCACCAACAGGUGCUUGGUAAUCUAUUCCAUUACUGUUAUGCAGAUGUUUACCAGAGGAAGAACUGUUUAUUGUGUGUCAUGUUCAUCACAUCUUCCCGAGGCAAGGGAGUUUACUGACUUUAAAAGUCAAUUUUCCACCCUCCCCAAACUUGGCUGGAAUUUCUUGGCUCGAUCGUAGCGCCAC